AUGUAAUCAAUUUCAUCAGAAGUGUUAAAAGCAGGAGUAACGAAAUCUAAUGUUCGUUCUAAUGUGACAGCAAAGAGGUAAAUUGAAUAUAUAUUGAUAGACCUAAUCAAUUGGGUGGUGGAAGAACUUAAUUAGGUCCUCCUCAAACAGGAAAAGAUACUUAAUAAUCAUAAUAAGAUAAUGUUAUAGUGAAGUAUAAGGAUAGUAUAGUGACACCUAAAGAGUAAGAUUAUGAUAUGAAAAUUAGAUUGAUUACUAAGAGGUUCUUGCAAUUAGCUGAAUAGUAGAAUAGAGAAGAAGAAUAGAGACUUAAAUAAUUAUAGAAACCGGCAGAUACAAAAGUGAGCGCAAGUGUGAUGGAUAGUAAUAUGAAAUCAUUCCAUUAGAGUGCAGUACAAUAAAUAUAGUAUAAUAGGAUAAAUCAUCGAAUUCAGAUUUGAAAGUUUCAUCUUCUAAUAAUCCAGAAAGGAGUAGUUUUAUGGAAUCAAAACAAUCAGAUACAUAUUCGGAUUCAGAUUCUAAACGAGAUUAAUCAGAAUAAUAAGAGAAGAAGCCUAAACAAAAAAAAGGGUUAAAAGAAGAAGAUUUAGAAGAGAAUAUCCCAAUUAACUUAAGUGAAACACCAACAUAAUGUUUAAUGUUUAUGUAAAUAAAUAUAUAAAUAAUCUAAAUAGACCAUCAUCUUUUGUAAAUAGUGAACAUGGUAAAAAAACAGGUUAAGUUUAGAGAACCUAAAAGUAUGAAUAAUUUAUAGUGGAGAAGAUUGGAAGUGAUAAUUUUACAAAGAGAUUCGCUUAAACAUUUAAUUACAUACAAAAACAUAAACCAUAAUAAUGUAAUAAAAUAGAGAAGAAUGACACAGGAGCAUUUACAGCAGUAUGGGAUUUAUAUGAUGCUUCAAUAACAGAUUAAUUGAAUGAAUUCGAAAUAUUACAAGAGGAAAUAAAAACGAGUAUCGAGAAUGAAUACAAGUAACUGAAUAAAAAUCCAUAUUUUUUAUUACCAACUGAAUUAGAAGCAAUUAAAAUACAUGCGGAAAGACCAGUAUUAGGAAAAGAAACAUCUGAAAAAUCAUAAAGUAAAACUAGAAGUGGAAUAGCUACCAACACUAAAUAAUAACCAAUAAAUAAUUUGAGUGGUGGAUUAACUGGAUAAGGUGGUGAUGAAAGAAUUUAAGAUAGUUCUUCUAGUCAUACAGGAACCAAAGGAGUCACAAAUGUAGGAUCUUAAUAAGCCAAUAAUAUUUAAUCACAAGUCACUAAAAGUCACGGUAAAACUAGUAAUCCAUUACCUGAAUAACAAUAAAAAUAAUAUGAAUAAAAAUAGGAUGAACAAGAUCUUAAAGAAGAAGAAUAUAUGAAAUUAUAUGUCUAGAAAACUAAUUCAUAAAUUAGUGAAUAAGAAUAAAUCAUUUAUUAAAGUUAAUAAGUUUAAACCAGUUUGAAAUAUGUAGAAAGAAUUCUUAAUUAGAAUCUAUAUCAUAAACAAUAUAUUUAAUAUCGUAAUUACCCUGAAGUUAAAUUUGAAAAAAUGACACUUAAUGAAGAUCCAAAAUAAAGAGGAGGAGCAUUCAAAAGAAAUUUUUAAAAUAAAUUAGAAGAUGAAGAAAUUGUAGAAAAAAAAUAAUAAAAUCCUAUUACUUAAUUAUUUUCAUAUAAAUGUUAAUUAAGUGAAUAAUGCAAAGUAACAAGUGCUGAUUGGAAUCCUGUAAAUAAAGAUUUAUUAGCAGUAUCAUAUGCAAAUAGAGAAACAUCUGAUGGACAUAUUAUGUUUUGGACUUUAAAGAAUCCUACAUUCCCUGAAAGAAUUAUUACAUAUCCAUCUAAAUUUAAUUGUUGUAAAUUUUCAGAAAGCUAACCCAAUCUUAUAGCAGCUGGAACUGUUGAUGGUAUUGUAGCUGUUUGGGAUAUUAGAAGAAAAUCUAAUAAACCUAUUACUGAAAAUAAAGAAAUGGCAGGAAAGCAUAGUGAUUCUGUUUGGGAAGUUUAAUGGAUUGGAAAAGGAGCAAAAGGAACUGAUAAAGGAGAAUCACUUGUUAGUAUUAGUAGUGAUAGUAGAAUUGUAGAAUGGUCAAUGAAAAAAGGAUUAGAAUAUACUAAUUUAAUGAAUCUUAAAAGAGUUGUAUAAUCAUCAUAAAAAGAAAAUUUAUAAGAAGGUGUUAAUUUUAGAAUGUCAGCUGGAUUCUCUUUUGAUUUCUUACAAAGAGAAUCAGCUAUGUAUUUGGCUGCUACUGAAGAUGGUACUAUUCAUAGAUGCUCUAAAUCAUAUACUGAAUAAUAUUUAGAUAAUUAUUUUGGACAUUCUGGACCAGUGUAUAAGGUUAGAUGUAAUCCUUUUUUUGGAGAUAUCUUUUUAACUUGUAGUGCAGAUUGGUCAUGUAAAUUAUGGAAUUGGACAGAAGAACUCCCUAAAGCUAAUUUUUAAGUAUUAAUAUUUUUGUUAUAUUAAGCAAUAAAAUUUAAAAGAUGAAGUUUUAGAUUUUGAAUGGUCUCCUCAUACUUCUGUUUUAUUUGCUUCAGUUUGUAAAGAUGGAAGAUUAGAAUUAUGGGAUUUGACAAAAAAUAAUAUGUUAGAUCCAUAUUUUACAAUAAUGCCUACAGAAUUAGAGAAUUGGCCAGCAAAAACAAUGGUCAGAUUUGCUCACAAUAGUCCAGUACUUAUUACUGGUGAUGCUCGAGGUGAUAUUAAUGCAUAUAGACUAUAUGGUAAAUUUGUUAAUUAAAUUUAAAAGGUUAUGAAGAUAAUGAUCCAUUGUAAGAAGAAGAAAAAUUAAGAAAACUUUUGUAUCCAGCAGGAUAUUCUAAAGGAUAAAAGGAGUAAAAGGAUUGAUU